AUGAUGAACACAGGCGCAGACGAAGUUUCAUUGUAUGCGGACGAGUUUGAAAAAUAUUGGGCAGAGUCCCCUCUUAGCGAACAUGAAAGUACAGAAAUUGCUAAAGCGUAUAAAUCGUUCUGUGAAAAGCAAUGCAAAUACUUUGGAAAACUUGUAUCCUUGAGAACUACCCUCAAGGGCCUAGAAAAGGCGCCAUAUUUCCACGAGUUUGAGAAUAACAUCGAUGCGUGCCUUGCAAACGUGGAUGGAGCACAAAUCCAGCUAUAUGUCAGCAUGGAAGAGGCUAUUUCUGCAGACAAGCUUAAGGCACAAGAGUCGAAAGCUAUUUUGUUGAACUUGAAUAGUGCACAUGAUACAUUCGCAUUGUCGAUUAUGCGAGCCGUUUCAGCUUGGAGAGAUAGACCGGAGCCGGCUCCCUGUAGUCGAGCUGUAUGA